AGUUUUACUAAGGGACAGUCCUCCUUUCUAAUGCAAAUUCUCCAUGUUUUUGUAAGGAGUAUUUCUUCCUCUUUUUCCUUUGAAGAAAAGAGCUCAUGGCGGAAGGAGAAGGAGAAGAAGAGAGCUACUUUCCCGACCACGUCGUGGAAGGCAUCGACGAAGAGGCCAGUGGAGAAACUGAUGAUAAACUCUCCUCAUUACCAGUAGACUCAACAUCAGAGGAAGAGGAGGAGGAGUCAGGGUCUUAUGAUGAGGGACUGACUGGGUCUACCCCUCCAUCUAAUAGUCGGUUACAUAAAAUGUCACGUCGUGGACACAAGUACAAGACGUCGCGAAAGAUCAUGUCUUCGUCGUCCGAGAACCAGUCGCCGUAUAGAGUUAAGGAUAUUACUAGAGCGAAAUCAGCUGAUUGGUCUGAAUCGGUAUCGACGCCUUCUGAUUCCCUGAUACAUAAACGAUAUUCAUUGACUGGCGAGGGAGAAGAGAUCAGUAGCGAAUUGUGUCAAGUCUCGUUGUGUGACAAGAAGAGGAAAGAAAAGAGCAGACAGAUGGAGCGUAAUGUCAAAUCAGCAAUAAAUCAUCCGGAAAUGAGCACCUCACCAUCGUCUACUGCUAAUUAUACCAACACUGAACCACCAAGACCCUCUUUCUCAAGUCCCUCUCCCUCUAACCCACCUUACCCUGUACUGGCUCACUCACACUCCUCCCCUCCCCCUUCCUCCCACCCUCCCCCCUCACACCCUCCCUCCCACCCUCCCCCCUCUCACUCUCCCUUACCCCCUCCCUCUUCUCCUCCCGCCUUACCCCCUCCUUCUCCCUCUCACCCUCCUCCCCCCUCUUACUCUCCCUCCUCUCCUUCUCCUUUAUCUUAUAAUGUUCCCCCUCCUUCAUCUUACCCUCUUCCCCCGCCUAACCAAUCACCAUCAGUCGAUACGUCCCUAUAUCCUCCUCCUAUUGAUCCUCAUUAUUUACCUACCGGAGACUCACCUGUACUUUAUCCUCUGCCUCACUUAUCUCCAGAGACCUACAGCUCCAAACUCUCCUCUAGUCCUUAUCCUUCUAAGCUAGGGAAGGUUGGUUCUCCUAAUCCUAUGCUUUCUCCUGGAAUCCCUUCACACAUGCGGCCGUCAUUCUCUUAUACAACUGAUAAUAUCAUUCCGUAUUACUCCCUCUCCUCUCUCUCUCACGCACCCCCUGGUGUCAGCAUAGAGAGGUCACAAUCCGAUGCACAGUUAUCUCUUACUCUCUCCUCCUCCUCCUCUCACUCCAUGCACUGUCCUCCUGAUAGGAAGCAGUUUUAUCGUAACUUUUCCAAGAGACUCAAAAUGAUAGCAAAGCGCCAGCAGCAGUCCAGCACCCAGCCUGGGCAUAUCCCAAGACAGCACUCAGAGGAUCUCAAUGCUAAGAAUCCCUUUGGUCCCGAUAACGAGCAGCUAAGGAUGGAACUGAGAGCUUACCUCAAUAACCACACGCUAGAGGACCAGGAGGAGGCAGACUACCAGCUCCAGUGUGAGAGUGGCAGUAUACUCUAUCGGAUCAUCCAUUACUCUUUCUCUUCCGACUCUACACUUAGUGGAUACUUCCGUGGCUUAAGUGAGUCAGCAAAGAGUCUUCCAGCUCAACUGAACGAGCUAAAGAGAGGGAGCCUUAGACGGAGGAAGAUGAUGCCAUUACAGGAGAACAAAGAAGAGGAGGAGGAGGUAGAGGAGAAAGGAGAAGAAGAAGAAGGGGAUGAGACUCCAUUGACGUCCAUUAAUAACCCAUCAGUGAGGUGGGAGGAUGGAGGAGGAGAGACUGAAGGAGAAGAUGAAUACGGGCCUCAGACACUCAUCCAGCAAGAGUCUAAUGAUUCUGAUGCUUUAUCGGUCGAGUUUAGCUUUGAUAACUUCCUGAGUGAAGAGCAGUUGCAGGCCAUUGAAGAUGUGGACUCGCUACUCUCUGAUUUAGAGAGAGUCGAGCUAUUAUAUGCCAGCAGUAAGAGGGUGGUGGAUAAGCAAUAUCAACAAUUGCCUUUCAAGAGACGCAGAGCUGCUCUGGUCCUCUGGCUAAAGAUCACGGAAGGACUCGCAAAGCAUUUAGUAAACCUUUCUAAAUGGUUUGGAGUCAUUGUUAACCCAGUGAGACGCUCAGAAGAUGACCUAAUCCCUUGCAACGUAGAACCUGGCACACCUUCUCGUCAAGGAUCUGGUGGUUCUGGCGGGAACCCUCCUCUCCCAACUCCUCCUUUGUUUACGAGUGAUAUAUCAGUUGAUCCUGAAGAGUCCCUUUCACUCAGUGCUCUCUCCUUCGCCAGCUCUUUCUUCCAAACACAAAACUCCAUAUCCAGCUCAAGAGGCACUCUACAGCGUCUCUUCUCAUCUCGUAAUAUCUACUCGAUUGACGAGGAGAGAGUGUCAUCCAAAGGCUACAGCCGUUUUGUUGAUCAGGUACUCAAGAGAAAGAGUCUGGAUUGGCUGAUAGAGAAGCUUAUCAAGUCCAUCAAGCCGAUACUCAAAACUGCCAAAGAAGCAAUGAAACAGCUCGAGGUCGAAGAAGAUAAGUCGGAAGACAGCGACAAUGAAGAUAAUAGCUCUUUUUUAGAGAGACUGUCCCCGUUUCGUCUUAUUCACUUUGGAGGUGUUAGUACUCCAGGGCCUGCUCAAAUGAAGCGUGCUAGCAGCGUUGCCCCUAAGUGCUGGAAUGAUGAGUUUCAGGACAUGAAUCUUCCACCAUUUGCUGAACAAUAUCUUCGUCUAACCAGAGUCCCAUUGGAUAUAAUGCAGGAGUCUAUGAGACUGCGUACUGAAGUAAACAAGAGUCCAACUCCUUAUUCUGUUGGGAUGUUGGUGCAAGAGUCCUGUGUUACGCUCAAAAAGGCGGUGAGGGUUAGGAAGUUUUAUCGCUCAAAGGUUCGUCUCUUGAUAGCCAAUGAUCCUAGCGGAGCUGAACUGGUUGAUAAUGACAUGGCUUGUUAUGAGAAGCACCUUCAAAGUGUCUUACAGUUGUAUUUCUCUUAUGUCGAGCGCCUUGUUCAAGUCAGUUCUACCGACAGGAACCUCUUGGAGUCUCAAUGGGAGAUAACCAAAGACAUAUGCAAUGACAUAUCCACCGGAGAGAUUGAAGCUGGACUAAGAUUUUGUUCAAUGGCAUCACAACUCAUAGAGAACCUUGAAGUAGACCUCAAGUCUCGAAUCGAUGACUGCUGUGAUAAACUGCAUGAGCAUUCCAACAAUCUGGAUGAUCCUGAUGAAAGAAAGCAUGCCUUUAUAGAGCUCUGCAGGGAGUUCAAGUCAAUCAUUCAGAAAUCCCGUGAGUCUUCCAUGAAGGGAUUGGGUUUCUCAAAGACACUAAUGACUGAUCUUGAGAUUGCUGCUGAGUUCUCAAUAACCUGUACUAGGGAGGUAUUACUCCAAUCGCUAGCAUCAUCAGACCAUCAUCAGGUUAUCAUACCUCAGUAUCAUGCCUGUAUGCUCUUUGUCCCUCACAACAUUGCUGACAACCAACAGGAGAUACAGAAAUUAUUAGGAGUUAGUUUUGGUCAUCCAGUAGUUGAGGUGGGUGGUCCCGGGGGCCACAGCCACCGCCACUCUGUCCAUUAUAAUGACAGCUACCUCCUGUUUGUAAAGUUUUCUGCAGCAGGAGAUUCAAUCCCUAUCUGGACCGGAGAAAAAAUCAAUUUAACAUUAUCAGCAGAAACCAUCGUGUCUAUAUCAGAGAUGCAGGUUGAAGGUAUUAAACUGGUUGUCAAUGAUUCAAGUCGACUUGAGCGCAAUCAAAUGUCUUUUCUUCGUUGCAUGGGAACAAACGUUGAAAUAACUAACAAGAGAACGUCUUCGCAUCAUUCGGUAGCUGAAAGAAUAAACGAGCUAAAGCUUGUCCUCUGUCAUUUUGGUCACACUAUCAUUGAGAUUGUUGAGAGGGUCAGUGGUAACCUCAGCCUUGAGGAGAUCAGUGAGAGAGAGGAUCUACUCCAGCAAUACCUACCAACAAUGCACGCCUGCUAUAACUUUGGAUUUGAAUACAUACAGGACCUCUCCAGGCUCUUUGGUGACGAGUACAUUCAUCAGAAGUUAGGAGCUGAGAUGUUGCACUUCUCUCAGCAGUGGAUAGUGUUUGCAACCACCAAGUGUAUUCGAGGCCAUGGAAAGCAGCCCAGGUGGGCUGUGUUGGGCCUUGAGUUCAUCUUGUUGUCCUGUUCCCCUCGUAUGCUCUCGACAAUCUCUCCCUCACGAUAUGAGAAUGUUAAGAAGCAGAUGGAGAGGUGUCUUGAUCACGUGAUAGGAGAAGUCCCUUUAUUAAGUAGUAAUACUUUUUCUGAAGCAUAUACAUCUCCUCAAUAUAUUGGAGGGUGGACCAGACAAAAAAGUCGUAUGAAGAAAUCAGGUAAUUCUUUAUCCCGUACUCCAGUGAUAGAAGAGAGAGAUGAGUUUGAUGCUGGUGCUGAUAGCAGUGGUAUUGACAGUCCAGUCCUCUCUGGUGACAUAUCUUUUGCAGCAUCUGAACCCCUUUACUCACUACCGAAAUCUCCUCCCACGACUAUGCUAAUACCAAAAAUGGACAGAGGGGACUCUGUUGCUGUCUAUAGUUCUCCGUUAAGCCACACCCCCUCACAAGAAGUCCCGCCUCCUGUCAAUCAAAGACAAAUCAAAUUCAAAACGAUUGAAGAGGAGUGCAAGCGAAUAGACAAAGUGAGAGAUGAUGAGUUGAGGGUUAAGCGUAUCAUUGGUCGUGUGACUGAGAGAAGUGGAGCAUCAGUCUUUGAACUAAGCAGACUAACAGAUCUGAAGCAGUCACACUUUACAUGGAGAAGAGGAAGGAAACUUGGUGAAGGACAGUUUGGCGUUGUUUAUGAGUGUAUCAAUUUAGACAGAGGAGAAGUGCAAGCAGUUAAAAUGAUAUCCCUGAAGGAGAAGUCUCAUAACACUGUACGUGACAUACUCAGCGAAGUAGGAGUAUUCCAGUCCAUUAAUCAUAAGAAUAUCGUUCACUUUCAUGGAGUUGAGAUACAUGACACUGAUCUGUACUUAUUUAUGGAAUACUGCAAUCAAGGGACUCUCUGGGGAGCUGCUAAGCAAGGUCUCGAAGAAAGAAUGAUUCGGCUGUAUACAAGAGAUCUACUGAGGGCAGUGGAUGUUCUGCAUGACAGAGGGAUAGUCCAUCGUGACAUUAAAGGAGCUAAUAUAUUUUUAUCCGACGACUCUGUCAAAUUGGGUGAUUUUGGUUUAAGUGUCCAGCUACAUAAUGUGAAUAAGACAGCUCCUCAAGAGAUUAAGCACCAAAGGGGAACAAUACCAUACAUGUCACCAGAGGUUGUGUUAAUGCAAGACAUGGGUAGACCAAUGGACAUAUGGGCAGUGGGAUGUGUAGUGGUUGAAAUGUUCACUAGCAAACGUCCUUGGAUUGAACUAGAAGACAAUGCAAUGGCCAUAAUGUUUCAGCUAGGCAAUAAGAAAUCUCCAUCUUAUCCUGCUGAGAAAAUGAACGAUGAGAUGAUUGAUUUUCUUGAUUUAUGCUUUGAAACCGAUCCAAAACAACGUGCCGUUGCUAGCAAAUUACUUAGCCAUUCUUUUGUAAAGGUAAUGGAUUCGUGUGACGACAAUAGUUAACA